UCGCAUACCGCGCAUGUUUAAUGUAAAUUCUUUUUCAUUAAUCUCGCAAACCCAUCUGCACUCGUAUAUACGCCGUGUUCUGUUGACAUACAAGCCUCGGGGUUUUAUAGUGUAUAUUUCAAAUCGUUUUAUAGACCAGAAACCGCCACGGGGCUUAUGUUAGAUUUACCACCAUUGGAUGACACUUAAAUGUGUUAAAGAGUUUGUCUGCUGAAAUGUGUGACAGUGUGUAAUCUUGAAUAAUCUUUUAUUCGUGUUUUGUUAUAAAGAUCGUUACAUAAUAGCCGCCUCAAUAUAAAUAUAUAUGUAGCUGAUAUUUUAGCUAUAUUGACAGGGGAGUCAUUAAGGCGUGAUUCCGGUUAUAUCCGAUUGCUAUCAUCUUGAGACAAUUUUAAUUUAUACAGUGUUUAUUAUAUGACUGUAGCGUCAGGACAUAUUUUAAGACGAUAAUGUCGCUAGGAGACCUUUUACCACUGCAGUUCUACGAGGUUGCCUUUUUAGGCGCCUUCCUGUUUGUACCAGUUGUUGCCUUUCGCGGAGAUUUAGAAAACUACUUUUUCGGUGUGCUGGUACUGUACAUGUUACUGAGGGUUAUAAAGAAUCGAAAGAAAUCCAAACUUUCAAGUGAUGGGAAGGCUGUCUUUAUUUCAGGAUGUGACUCGGGAUUCGGGUAUUUGGCAGCAGAGAAGUUUGACAAAGAGGGGUACGUUGUGUUUGCCGGAUGUUUAAAUGAAAAUGGUGAAGGUGCUAGUAAUCUAAAGAAAAACUGUUCGGAUAAACUCAAACUUGUUGCUUUGGACGUAACUGACGAUAAAAGCGUGGCUUCAGCAGGAAAGUUCGUCAGAGAAAAUCUUGGAGAUUUACAAUUAUGGGGCGUUAUUAACAAUGCUGGUGUGUAUGGACAUGGUGAUGUUGAAUUAUGCCCAGUUGAAACAUUCAAGUCUGUAGCAGACGUCAACUUCUUUGGCAAUGUUCGAGUUACACAGGAGUUUCUACCUCUCGUAAGGAAUUCAAAAGGUCGUGUUGUCAAUAUGUCAAGUAUACAAGGAAGGUUCACAUUGCCAUGUGCUGCAGCGUACAAUGCAUCCAAAUAUAGUAUAGAAUGUUUGAGCGACACACUGCGCAUGGAAAUGAGAAAAUUUGGUGUCAAGGUCGCAAUCAUUGAACCCGCCAUGUUUGGAGGGAAUACCGACAUCCACAAUAAACAAAAUAUAUCCCGCCAUUACAAACAAAUAAAUGAAUUUUGGGAGAGGAGCAGCGAGGAGAUAAAGUCAGUAUACUCGAAGAAAUAUUUAAACAAUCAGAUAGAUCUAAUUGAUCAGUUACGUGAGAAGUUAGCAGCCAAUAGCUCGGACGCUGUCAUAGAUGCCAUGUUUGAUGCUGUCUCUAGCUCUGCCCCGGAAUAUAGAUACGCUGUACAUGGUGGCCCCUAUCCUGUUGAUCCUAUAGCGAUUUUAGCAACAGUGUAUCCAUAUUUACCGACGACGGUAUCAGAUUGGUUCCUAUGUAGAAUAACUGGUCAUCUAACUAAAGACAAUUUAGACGGGGAACCAGCGGAAUCGAGAAACGGGAUCAAAUCCGAGUGACGUUUAGAACACAACUUCUAGAAUAGAACAUUCAUAAUAGUAGUUAAAAAAUAUGAAAAUUGUGAUUGGCUGGAUAUACCAGUUGAAUCUAUUGCAUUUGGACCAUUUGUCAGACAGGAUGUGAAGUUUAAUGCAUCUCGAAUAAAUAGAAGAUGGAACUUACAAGCUAAAGAAGAAAUGAUUAUUAAUGCAAUACUAGAAAUGAUAUACAAUGUAAUA